CCCCCUCCGCCCCGGCUCCCACCUUCUCCCCGCUUCUCCGCUGCCGGCCUCCCGGAGCCCGAGGGGCAGAAAAAGGGGAACUUGGCCCCCCUCCUCCGCCGGAUCCUCCGCGCUCGCCCUCGGCCUUAUUGUUGUUCUUCGGCCGACUCGGGGCCCCAGAAGAAGGUGAAGGUCUUGGGGUUCACCCCCCGCCGUCUCCCCGCUCUGAGUGAUUGUCUAAAAAAGAAUUAAAAAUGGCCGAGAAUGUGGUGGAGCCGGGCCCGCCUUCAGCCAAGCGGCCUAAACUCUCCUCACCGGCGCUCUCCGUGUCCGCCAGCGACGGCACAGAUUUUGGAUCACUGUUUGAUCUGGAACAUGACUUGCCAGAUGAACUGAUCAGCUCCACAGAACUGGGACUCACCAAUGGUGGUGACAUUAAUCAGCUGCAGACCAGCCUCAGCCUGGCACAAGAUGCUGCCUCUAAACACAAGCAGCUGUCUGAACUUUUACGGGCUGGUAGCUCCCCAAAUCUCAAUAUGGGGGUUGGUGGCCCUGGCCAGGGCAUGGCCAGUCAAACCCAACAAAAUAGUCCUGGAAUGGGAAUGUUAAACAGCAUGGUGAAAAGCCCCAUGGCACAAGCUGGGUUGACUUCUCCCAAUAUGGCGAUGGGUGCAAGUGGACCAAACCAGGGUCCUUCAGGCCAAUCCACAGGGAAACCUGGCAUGGGAAUGAACACAGGGAUGAAUGCUGGCAUGAAUCCUGCGAUGUUGGCAGCAGGCAACGGACAGGGGAUGAUGCAGGGGCAAGUCAUGAACGGUUCAAUUGGAGCAGGCAGAGGGCGACCUAAUAUGCCAUACCCAAACCCAGGAAUGGGUAGUGCUGGUAACUUGUUGGCUGAGACACUGCAACAAGGCUCUCCACAGAUGGGAGGACAGGCUGGACUGAGGGGGCCACAGCCUGGAGCCAUGAACAAGAUGGGAAUGAUGAGCAAUCCCAGCCCUUAUGGCCAGCCAUAUAGUCAGAAUACCGGGCAGCAGAUUGGAGCCAGUGGGCUUGGGCCUCAGAUGCAGAAUAAAGCUGGACUGCAGAAUAGUUUACCACAGUUUCCAAUGGACAAGAAGCCAGUUCCUGGGGCAGGAAUCCCCAGUUGUGGCCAGCAGCAGGCUCCCCAAGUUCAACAAGCUGGGAUGGGGCCAGCAGCUUCUCAAGGAAUGGGAUCUGGAGCACCGACAGCGGAUCCAGAAAAACGCAAACUUAUUCAGCAGCAACUGGUUCUGCUCUUACACGCUCACAAGUGUCAGCGGCGAGAACAGGCCAACGGGGAGGUGCGACAGUGUAACCUCCCUCAUUGCCGAACCAUGAAGAAUGUCCUGAACCACAUGACACAUUGCCAGGCUGGCAAAUCUUGCCAGGUGGCACAUUGUGCGUCUUCCCGACAAAUCAUCUCGCACUGGAAGAAUUGUACGAGACAUGACUGUCCUGUAUGUUUGCCUCUCAAAAAUGCUGGGGACAAAAGAAAUCAACAAUCGCUGCUGGGCGGAGCUGCAGUAGGACUUGCAAACACUGGCUCUGUGGGCGUGGGGCAGCAGACAACACCCAGCAUAAACACUACCAGUCAGAUAGACCCUAGCUCCAUCGAGAGAGCCUAUGCAGCCCUCGGACUGACCUAUCAAGGGAACCAGAUGCAGACGCAGCCCCAGGCUCAAGUGAAGAAUCAGCAGCAAGGACAGUCACCCCAGGGUCUGCGCCCUAUGAAUCCUAUGAGUGCAAAUCCAAUGGGAGUGAAUGGAGGAGUAGGGGUUCAAACCCCUAAUCUGUUGCCUGACUCAAUGUUACAUUCAACCAUGAAUUCUCAAAACCCCAUGAUGAGUGAAAGCACCAACGUUGCCAGUUUGGGAGCCAUGCCAACAGCUCAACCAUCUAAUACCGGAAUUCGAAAGCAGUGGCAUGAAGACAUUACUCAGGAUCUCCGAAACCACCUUGUUCAUAAAUUAGUCCAAGCCAUAUUUCCUACUCCUGACCCUGCAGCACUGAAGGAUCGGCGUAUGGAGAAUCUGGUGGCAUAUGCUCGGAAAGUGGAAGGGGAUAUGUAUGAAUCAGCAAACAGCAGGGCAGAGUACUAUCACUUGCUAGCAGAGAAGAUCUAUAAGAUUCAGAAGGAGUUGGAGGAGAAACGAAGAACCAGGCUGCAGAAGCAAAACAUGAUCCCAAACGCUCCGGGCAUGCCACAGGCUCCCAUGAAUCAAGGGCCCAACAUGGGACAGCCCCAGCCAGGGAUGUCUGCAAAUGGUCCUCUUCCUGACCCAACCCUGAUACGUGCCAAUGUGCCAAACCAGAUGAUGAAUCGCAUGCAGGCACAGCCAGGAAUGAAUCAGUUUGGCCAGAUGAACAUGCAGCUGUCACCGAUGGGACCCCGGCAAACCCCUCCUCUUCAGCACCCUGGACAGCUAAGCCAGGCAGGGGCCAUGAACCAGAUGGGAUUUCCUUCGCGUAUGCAGCAGCCAGGAGUUGGCCAGCCUUCUGGUCAGAAUCAGUUUCUACAACAGACCCAGUUCCCUGCUUCUUCCCCGGGAAUGAACACAGCGAGCAUGCCUAUGACUCAGCCUGGCAAUCAGACACCAGUUUCUCAAGCACAAAUGACCAGCGCUUCCUGUCCUGUGAACUCUCCUGCAAUGGCUCCAGGUUCUCAAGGGAGCCAUAUUCACUGCCCACCUCUUCCACAGCCUCCCAUGCACCGAAAUUCUCCUUCUCCAGUACCUAGUCGAACCCCAACACCUCACCACACACCCCCAGGCUUGGGAUCACAGCAACAGCAGGCAGCAGCAGCUGCCGCUACUGCCCCCACACCUACUCCUCAGGCAAUGCCACCUGGACCACAGUCGCAAACUAUGCACCCCCCUCAGAGGCAGACUCCAACGCCUCCGCAGGCACAGCUGCCUCCACAAGUCCAGCCUCCAGUUCCAGUUACCCCUUCUGCAGAGCAGCAACAGCAACCCUUAUCACAGCAGAGCACGACUGCAUCUGUUCCCACACCAACAGCACCGUUGCAGCCUCAGCAUCCCACAACACCUCUUUCACAGCCAGCUGUAAGCAUUGACGGGCAGGUAUCCAACCCCCCAUCUACCAGCAGCACAGAGGUGAACUCUCAGCAGACUGUUCCAGAGCAGCAGCAGCCACCCUUGCAGGAAGUGAAAAUGGAUAUUAAAACAGAAGAAGGGGAACCAGAACAAACAGAACUGCAAAUGGAGGAGAAACCUGAGGUUAAAGUAGAACCAGUCAUGGAGGAAUGUAAACCAGAACCAAUGGAGCAAGAAGAGAAGAAAUCUGAAGUGAAGACUGAAAUACCAGAGGGGGAAGAAAGACCUACUACUCCAGCUACUCAGUCUUCUCCGGCAGCUGGGCAGUCUAAGAAAAAAAUUUUCAAACCAGAAGAGUUGCGGCAGGCGCUUAUGCCAACACUGGAGGCACUUUACCGUCAGGAUCCAGAGUCUCUUCCAUUUCGACAGCCUGUGGAUCCCCAGCUACUAGGAAUUCCUGAUUAUUUUGACAUAGUGAAGAACCCCAUGGACCUUUCUACUAUCAAGAGGAAGCUAGACACAGGACAGUAUCAGGAACCGUGGCAAUAUGUCGAUGACAUCUGGCUCAUGUUCAAUAAUGCCUGGCUGUAUAACCGCAAAACAUCCCGGGUAUAUAAGUACUGUUCCAAACUGGCAGAGGUGUUUGAGCAAGAAAUUGACCCAGUUAUGCAGAGCCUUGGUUAUUGCUGUGGAAGAAAGUUGGAGUUCUCACCACAGACUUUGUGUUGCUAUGGCAAACAGCUAUGCACAAUCCCUCGAGAUGCCACUUACUACAGUUACCAGAACAGGUAUCACUUCUGUGAGAAGUGCUUCAACGAAAUCCAAGGGGAGAGCGUUUCUCUGGGAGAUGACCCAUCACAACCUCAAACCACAAUAAACAAAGAACAGUUUUCAAAAAGGAAAAACGAUACACUGGACCCUGAACUAUUUGUUGAAUGUAUAGAGUGUGGAAGAAAAAUGCACCAGAUCUGUGUUCUUCAUAAUGAGAUAAUCUGGCCUUCUGGCUUUGUCUGUGAUGGCUGUCUAAAGAAAACAGGACGAACCAGGAAGGAGAACAAAUUCUCUGCUAAAAGAUUACCGGCUACAAGACUUGGUACCUUCUUGGAGAACAGAGUCAAUGAUUUCUUAAGACGACAGAAUCACCCUGAGGCAGGAGAGGUUACAGUUAGGGUGGUACAUGCAUCUGACAAAACUGUCGAAGUAAAACCAGGAAUGAAAGCAAGGUUUGUAGACAGCGGAGAGAUGGCUGAGUCUUUCCCUUAUCGAACAAAAGCGCUUUUUGCCUUUGAGGAGAUUGAUGGUGUAGACUUGUGCUUCUUUGGCAUGCAUGUACAGGAGUAUGGUUCAGACUGUCCUCCACCCAAUCAAAGGCGAGUGUAUAUAUCUUACCUUGACAGUGUUCAUUUCUUCCGCCCUAAAUGCUUGAGGACUGCUGUCUAUCACGAAAUACUAAUUGGAUAUCUAGAAUAUGUCAAGAAACUAGGGUAUACUACUGGACAUAUCUGGGCAUGCCCACCUAGUGAAGGAGAUGACUACAUCUUCCACUGCCAUCCUCCUGACCAAAAGAUACCCAAACCCAAACGACUGCAAGAGUGGUACAAAAAGAUGCUGGACAAAUCUGUGUCGGAGCGCAUUGUCCAUGAUUACAAGGAUAUAUUUAAGCAGGCAACAGAGGAUCGUCUAACAAGUGCAAAAGAGCUACCUUACUUCGAAGGGGAUUUCUGGCCUAACGUUCUAGAGGAGAGCAUUAAGGAGCUAGAGCAAGAGGAAGAAGAACGGAAGAGAGAAGAAAACACUAGUAAUGAAAGCACAGAUGUGAGCAAGGGAGACAGCAAAAAUGCCAAAAAGAAGAACAAUAAGAAGACAAGUAAGAACAAGAGCAGCUUGAGUCGUGGCAAUAAGAAAAAGCCUGGCAUGCCCAAUGUGUCCAAUGACCUCUCCCAAAAGCUGUAUGCCACUAUGGAGAAGCACAAGGAGGUCUUCUUUGUCAUCCGUCUUAUUGCUGGCCCUGCAGCCAACUCCCUGCCCCCCAUCGUUGAGCCUGACCCACUCAUUCCGUGCGACCUGAUGGAUGGGCGUGAUGCUUUCCUAACCCUUGCUAGAGACAAGCACCUGGAGUUCUCCUCACUACGACGGGCGCAGUGGUCAACCAUGUGCAUGCUGGUGGAACUGCAUACCCAGAGCCAAGACCGCUUUGUUUACACCUGCAAUGAGUGCAAGCAUCAUGUGGAGACCAGAUGGCACUGCACUGUUUGUGAGGAUUAUGACCUGUGCAUCACCUGCUAUAACACUAAAAACCAUGACCACAAGAUGGAAAAAUUAGGCCUUGGUCUAGAUGAUGAGAGCAACAACCAGCAGACUGCAACCACCCAGAGCCCUGGUGAUUCCCGCCGCCUGAGCAUUCAGCGCUGUAUCCAGUCUCUGGUCCAUGCCUGCCAGUGUCGUAAUGCCAACUGCUCACUGCCAUCCUGUCAGAAGAUGAAACGGGUUGUCCAACACACCAAAGGCUGCAAACGCAAAACCAACGGAGGGUGCCCCAUCUGCAAGCAACUCAUUGCUCUCUGCUGCUACCAUGCAAAGCACUGCCAGGAGAACAAGUGCCCAGUGCCCUUCUGCCUCAACAUUAAACACAAGCUCCGUCAACAGCAGCUUCAGCACCGCCUGCAGCAGGCACAGAUGCUCCGAAGGAGGAUGGCGAGUAUGCAGCGGACCGGUGUGGUAGGCCAGCAGCAAGGAUUACCCUCACCGACGCCAGCCACCCCAACGACUCCAACAGGCCAGCAGCCCCCAACACCACAAACCCCACAGCCCCAGCCUCCGCCCCAGCCUGCCUCGCAGCCUCAACCUGCACCUCCCAACAGUAUGGCGCCCUACACCAUGCCAAGAACUCAGCCCCCCAGCGCUGUGUCCCAGGGCAAAGCAGGUGGCCAGGUGACUCCUCCAACUCCACCCCAGCCACCGCAACCACCAGUUCAGGGUCCUCCUCCAGCAGCAGUGGAAAUGGCCAUGCAGAUCCAGCGGGCAGCAGAGACCCAGCGUCAGAUGGCACAGGUUCAGAUCUUCCAAAGGCCAAUCCAGCACCAGAUGCCCCAGAUGCCGCCUAUGGGAAUGAACCCUCCGCAGAUAGGCAGAGGUCCUGGUGGUCAUAUAGAUCAAGGAAUGGGGCCGGCAGGAAUCCAGCAGCAGCCACCGUGGGUGCAGGGCAGCUUACCCCAAGCUCAGCUACAGCCAGGAAUGCAGAGGCCGCCAUCCAUGAUGUCAGUAGCCCAGCCAGGUCAGCCGAUGAAUAUGGCACCUCAGCCAGGGAUGGGUCAGGUACCUGGCGCUGCUCAGCCCAAACAACCACCUCUGCCCCAGGCGGCCUUACAAAACCUGCUGCGGACUCUCAGGUCUCCCAGCUCACCCAUGCAGCAGCAGCAGGUGCUUAACAUCCUUCACUCCAAUCCCCAGCUGCUGGCCGCUUUCAUCAAGCAGCGGGCUGCCAAGUAUGCGGGCUCCCAGAACCCCCAGGGGAUGACGGGUCAGCCUGGCAUCCCCCAGGGUCAGCCGGGCCUCCAGCCGCAGCAGGCCAUGCAAGGGCAGCAAGGAGGGGUGCACCCCAACCCAGCCAUGCAGAGCAUGAACCCCAUGCAAGCGGGAGUGCAGAGGCCCAGCAUGCCCCAGCAGCAGCCGCAGCAGCAGCCGCAGCAGGCCAUGGCUGGGAUGAAUCCUCAGGCGCAGCAGAUGAAUAUGAAUCACUCGGGGAUGGCUCCCCAGUUCCGAGACCUCCUGAUGAGACGGCACCAGAUGAUUGAGCAGCAGCGCCACCAGCAGCAACCGCAGCCGCAGGGAGCAGGGCCAGCACUGGGGCCGGGGAUGGCCAACCACAACCAGUUUCAGCAGCCCCAGGGCGUCGGGUAUCCCCAACAGCAGCAGCAGCAGCAACAGCAGCAACGAAUGCAGCAUCACAUGCAGCAGAUGCAGCAAGGAAACAUGGGACAAAUAAGCCAGCUUCCACAGGCGAUGAGUGCAGAGACAGGAGCCAGUUUGCAGCAGGCUUUCCAGCAGAGGCUACUUCAGCAGCAGAUGGGGUCCCCAGCUCAGCCCAAUCCUAUGAGCCCCCAACAGCACAUGCUCCCCAAUCAGGCCCAGUCCCCGCACCUACAGGGCCAGCAGCUCCCUUCAUCGCUCACCAAUCAAGUGCGUUCUCCGCAGCCUGUACCCUCACCACGGCCCCAGUCCCAGCCCCCCCAUUCCAGCCCGUCCCCCCGGAUGCAACCUCAGCCUUCUCCACACCACGUCUCCCCGCAGACCAGCUCCCCACAUCCAGGACUGGUAGCUGCCCAGGCUAACCCCAUGGAUCAAGGGCACUUUGCCAGCCCGGACCAGAGUGCAAUGCUUUCCCAGCUUGCUAGCAAUCCCGGCAUGGCAGGCCUCCAUGGUACAAGCGCCACGGAACUGGGGCUCAGCUCCGAGAACUCAGACUUGAAUUCAAACCUUUCACAGAGUACACUAGACAUACACUAGACACAUUGUAGCAUUUUGGGAGCAAAAAAAAUUUAAAAAAAAAAAAAGAAAAGAAAAAAAAACUUAUUUUCUCAAGACUUUUUGUACUGAAGACAAAUUUUUUUGAAUCUUUCUUAGCUAAAACAACAUUUUUCCCUGGAACACAUCUGAACUCUGCAGCGGUAGUUCAUGGUUUUAAAAACAAACCAACAACGAACCUGAGGGACAGUAGAGUACAAAGAAUAUAUUUUUGUUAUGGCUGGAAUCAUAACCAGUCCUUUUUCUUGUUUUGGGUUUUUUUUGUUGGUUUUUUUUUUUUUCCUCGUGUGCAUUGGGGAGGUCGGGGGAAGAGGGUGGUCUUCUGGUUGUUCACCAAAGGAUGCCCUACUCAUGCCUCCAAUAGGGUUGUGUUUUUGUUUUU